UCUUGGUUGACGAGACCCGAAGGACAUGGCGUCUCUGUCGCCGCCCGAUCGAUACCAUGCUGCGUAUGGCAUCCUAUUUCUCCAAGGCGUCGGUGCCUUGCUUCCCUGGAAUGUGUUCAUUACAGCCGCCAGCUACUUUGGCGAGCGCUUGAAGGAAACCUCGGUGCAUGCAUCGUUUCUGAACUGGUUCAGUCUCGCAUUCAACUUGUCCACGUUGUUCAUGGUGGCCCUGAACGCAGCGUGGCUGCGGCCGUACUUGCCCCGGCCUCGAACAAAGAUCAUGGUAUCUUUGACUGGCAUCGCGAUCGUGCUGCUCGUCACGGCAAUCCUCGUCAAGUGUUCGACUGUUGUGGGCACACGAUUCUUCGCCAUCACCAUCUCCAGCAUCGUUGUGGCUUCCAUUUGCUCGGCGUAUUUGCAAGAAGGACUUUUUGAAAUCGCCGCGCUGUUCCCUGGCAUUUACACGCAGGCGGUUAUGACUGGUCAGAGCAUGGCUGGGUUUCUCGUCUCGUUGAGCAGCUUCGUCCUUACGUGGCUGCACCCAGUGCAACAAAUUCCCUCAACGACCACUCCGUACACCCCAUGGACAACCGAAGGCGACGCCGAAACCAGCGCGUUCAUCUACUUUUUAGUUGCGCUAGCGACCGUGGGGCUAGCGUGGGGCUCCAUAUUGUGCUUCUUUCGUCUGCCAUUCACCAAGCACUACCUGUUGUCGCUCCAGAAACGUCCACGCCGUAGAAGCCGUCAACUCGCGACCUUUGUAGCCGACGAUGACAUCCCAACCGCAAGUUCAGACUCGUCGUUGGACUCGUCACCAUUCCUUGAUCGCACCGACGACGACGGCGACGAAACAGAUGACGACACACCACAUCCUCGACCGAAUCCGUGGAAAAUCCUGUGGCAAGUCCGGCAUUUCGCCUUGACGGUGUUCCUCACGUUUUUCGUGACGCUGGCGUUGUUCCCUGUCGUCACGUCGUCGAUUGAAUCGACCAGCAUGAACCAGCCCAUGUUUGUCGCGCUGACGUUCGUGUUGUUUAAUUUGGGCGACGUGGUUGGCCGCGCCUGCACGGGACUGUACGUACUUGGCCACCGCCGGCUCUUGGUGGCGGCCGCCGUCGCCCGCCUGUCGUUCUUCGGCCUCUUCUUCGUCUGCAACGUCCGCGACUCGCCGUUUGUCAUGUUCAAGCAAGAUGGGGUCGCUGUCCUCGUCCUCGUCGCAUGUGCCUGGUCGAAUGGGUACUUUUGCAGCGUCGCCAUGAUGCAGAGCCCCCACGCCGUCCACCGCGCCCACAGAGAGCUCUGCAGCAGCAUCAUGUUCUUGUGCCUCUGCCUUGGCCUCACGGGUGGCUCUCUCGCGUCGUUUGCGCUUCGCGCCUUGCUCUGUCGGUGCAAUCCGUUCUAAGAUCAACCAUGUUGCUAUCUUGUUGCCACUAUGUCAAGGUGUGUUGUGAUGAUUUGGGCAUCAGUCGUGUAACAUGUUGGCUGCUAGUGUUCGGAGUCGACCGGUUCAGAUGUGGGAUCCUGCCGAGUGUAGCUACCGUGGCAAAGCCAGCGCAACCACGACAGGUGAUGAUAGUCCAUCAUUGUAGAUGCGAUAAGAUGAUCCUUCGUCGGCCAUGGACAUGGAAUACAUGCAAGUUUUGUGAUGUCGACUCAUACAAACUUUGCAAUUGGUCCAUUGAUCUUGUCCACAAGGAUCUACUACAUUGUUCGCUGCUAUUCAAACGCCGAACUGAACCGG